AUGCGUUUUCGUUAUGCUCACGCUGUAACUCCAUUACUAACCUUCCCUUCAAAACUCUCCACUAUGAACGCUCAAACCCUCUCCAAUUCCACUCCAUUUUCAAACCUCAAUAAACCCCUCUUUCGCCGUUUUCAACGUAAAAGAGGAUUUUUCACCGUUUAUUGUUCUAAGAGCACUUCGAAAUACCCUCCGUUGCCGCUUAAAAUCAAUGGAUACCAUGCUACUUCUAUCGUCAAGGCUACUAGACCAGUUUAUUUGGAUGAGAGUGUAUUGGAGGCGAAUAUUGAUGCUUUGAAGAGGAAGUUGGAAGCUAUUGGAAUGGAUGCUGAAAUUUGUGUUCCUGGCCAACAGUAUAAUCACUUGAUUUGUCCUGAGUGCCAAGGCGGUGACACGGGAGAAAGAACCUUUGCCGUUAUCAUUGCACCAGACGGGGGGUCCGCUGCAUGGAAGUGUUUUCGUGCAAAGUGUGGUUGGAAAGGCAGCACUCAGGCCUUUGCUGGUAGAAGUCCAUAUUCUACAACAAUGACUCAAUUUAUCCCAGCUAAGAAAAAAAGAGAAAUUAAGGAGGAGGACUUGCAACUUGAACCACUUUGUGCCGAGCUGGUUGGAUAUUUUUCAGAGCGCUUGAUUUCGAAUAAGACUCUGAAGAGAAAUGGUGUUAAGCAGAAAAAAUAUAAGGAUGAUCAGAUUGCAAUUGCAUUCCCCUAUCGCCGUAAUGGAGCGCUUAUUAGUUGCAAGUACCGAGAUAUCAACAAGAAAUUUUGGCAGGAAUCAGACACUGAAAAGAUCUUUUAUGGAUUGGAUGACAUAGUUGGAGAAAGUGAUGUCAUCAUUGUUGAAGGUGAAAUGGACAAGCUGGCAAUGGAAGAAGCUGGCUUCCGAAAUUGUGUUAGUGUUCCUGACGGCGCACCUCCAUCAGUCUCUUCAAAGGAAUUGCCAACUGAGGAUAAGGACACGAAGUAUCAGUAUCUGUGGAACUGCAAAGAUGAACUAAAGCAGGCAUCCCGUAUUAUCAUUGCCACUGAUGGGGAUCCACCUGGUCAAGCCUUGGCCGAGGAGCUUGCACGCCGCAUUGGGAAAGAAAAAUGUUGGCGUGUACGGUGGCCUAAAAAAGGGAAGCUUGAUGAUUGCAAAGAUGCAAAUGAGGUUCUCAUGUAUUUGGGCCCCGAUGCAUUGAAGGAAGCGAUUGAGAAUGCAGAAUUAUACCCUAUACGUGGAUUGUUUAACUUUAGAGAUUACUUUGAUGAGCUUGAUGCAUAUUAUCAUCGAACUUUGGGAUAUGACAUUGGUCUCUCAACUGGCUGGAAUAAUCUGAAUGGUUUAUACAAUGUUGUACCAGGAGAACUGACCGUAGUAACCGGAGUUCCCAAUUCAGGGAAGAGUGAGUGGAUUGAUGCUCUUCUUUGCAAUCUUAAUAAAAUUGCUGGCUGGAAAUUUGCACUUUGUUCCAUGGAGAACAAGGUUAGAGAACAUGCUCGGAAGCUUUUGGAGAAACAUGUGAGGAAGCCUUUCUUUAAUGAUCGCUACGCUGAAGACGUUGAACGGAUGAGUUUGGAGGAAUAUGAACAAGGCAAGAUCUGGUUAAAUGAUACUUUUCAUCUUAUAAGGUGUGAAGAUGAUGCUCUUCCAAAUAUAAAAUGGGUACUUGACCUUGCAAAAGCAGCGGUAUUAAGACAUGGGGUGCGUGGGCUUGUAAUUGAUCCUUAUAACGAGCUUGAUCAUCAACGAUCUCCACACCAGACGGAAACUGAAUAUGUGAGCCACAUGCUUACCUUAAUCAAACGUUUUGCUCAACAUCAUGGAUGUCAUGUUUGGUUUGUAGCACAUCCCAGACAGCUCUAUAAUUGGACUGGGAGUCCUCCUAAUCUUUAUGAUAUAAGCGGAAGUGCACACUUUAUAAAUAAGUGUGACAAUGGAAUUGUCAUCCAUCGUAACCGGGAUCCUGAGGUUGGGCCUGUUGAUCAAGUGAAGGUUUGUGUUCGAAAGGUACGGAAUAAGGUUGCAGGGACAAUAGGUGAAGCAGUUUUGUUGUAUAACAGGGUAACUGGCGAGUAUGUGGAAGAUGAUACUGAGUACGUGAGAGAUGAUACUAAGAGAUAG